AUGCGAGGCCAUGGCGCGGAAACAACGUCGCGGGCGAAAGAUGCGCACUUCUCGUAUGGGAUGUAUUCCGCUGCGAAUUCCCUUCCAGGAAUCACAUCGAGUAUGAGAAACGAGUUUCUCCCGUUGAUGCAGUGCCUUGAGCAGGGCAACGAUGUUCUGUGCAAAACGUACAUUGUCGAGCUUUCCCUCACGCUUGCACGCUUUGAUGCCUUAUUGAAGGAAGAGGAGCGGCGCGCGUUUGUGUGCGCGUUUGACGCGCUUGUGCGACGUCUCCUGAAGGACCUCCAUCACUUUCUGGAGAUGGAGUCGCUGCUGCAGCAGGACGUGUUGAUGCUUGUGGAACUGCUAGAGCGGUGCCGCAGGAUGGACCACCUGUGCAACUGCCGCGCGUUCACCUGUGCAGCAGGCGACGCCGCCGGGAGAUCGAAGGAGGGGCAGAGCACCACAUCACAUCCCUCGGCAGCUGCAGCUGCUGCGCGCGACGUGAAGGCUCAGCGGGCCGAUUCCUCGGAGGCGUGCGCGCUCAACCGCUCCGCAUCGGAGCUGCAGCAGCUUUUUCAGGGUGACGUGGGCCAUCCGUUGCAGCCAGCGUGCCCCGUGGCAGUCUCAGCUGCGGGUAGUGCAAGCGGCAACGAGACCGCCGCGAAUCAGACGUCGAGCUCCGCAAGUCCUUUGCCCCACGCUCUCCAGCCACUGGCGUCAGUUGGAAUGGCUUUGUCGCGGAAGCUCAGCGCCAGGCAGGGCCUUUGGUGGCGUGAGGAGUUCCGCGGGUUCUUGGCCGGUCGCAUCACAAAAGGUGACGUCGCUGCGCUGAUGAAACUGCUUUGUCCGGAAGGCGACAACACGAACGAAGCCGCCCCGCCGGUUAGCGACACUCAGUGGGAUUCCACACCUCAACCGUCCGCGAAAGCAACCCGUACAAGUGGCAAUAACAGGGAUGCCGGCUCAAGUUAUUUCGUCUCUGCGGACGCCGCGAUGCCAAAACGCGUGAUGCCAAAUGCGGAAGAUGCUGACAACUUUUCACGAGAGUCUGAUGGAGCUAAGUUGGACGAAGCAGGAACGGCUUCUGCGUCAUUGAGUGCUUCGUCAGGAGGCCGUUUGAUGAACCAAACUGCGGUUUUUUUAAAUAUGUUGGUAGAGGGGCUCCUGUUUGGCGGUCCCUCCUCCGUUUCCUCACUGAACAGCUCUUUUGCAAGUGUAGAAGAGGCCGAGCAAAACAGUGCCGUGAUGGAUGCCGCGAAUGAACCCCGCUGCGGCGGACCGGCGCAACAGAGGGACGUGCUUGGACGCUUCAUUACCCUGCCAUCCACUGCUGCGCUCAGUUUACUCUCGUCGUUAUUCCCCUCCCUUCGUAACUACGCGGAGGACUUGAGAAAACUGGCCGAGGGUUUGGUGGAGACGGCUGAUGGGAGCAUCGUUGGCGGCCACUGUGCCUUGACCGCCGCGCUUGAUCUGGCGCGCCGUACGCAAGGCGGCGGUCAACGCGCAAAAGGAUCGCAGAUGUGUGCUACUGGCUUCUGCGUCUUUGGUGAGAACACCAUGGAGCCCUUGCAUACCGCCACCACGUUGCCUAUCAUGACAGACGCCAGUGGGGGCGUGCGCCCCACCGAUGUCGUGCUUUACUUGCUUAUUCGAUCUCUUCAGCGGGUGUCAGGCGACGCCGUCGGCACCUCCGCGAGUAGCUGUUUACCCGUUGGGGAGACAGAUCAAGCAACACCAAAAGCCUCUUCUCUGGACUCCGCCACUGCCGCCUCACAGCCCCAACCGCAAGGUCAUGCAACUGCACCAACAAUUCCUCGUCGGCUUGGGGUGGAGUUGGAGAUUAUGAUUAAGCAACUGCAGGAGUAUAUCGUCAAUGCACGGGCCAUGCAGCAACAGAUACGGGAGGAGGUGACGCUUCUUGUUUUCCGCGUGAUCAGCACCACAGUGGAGUUGCUUCUUCCCGCGGUACAGUUUGUGGACCCGCGUGUCUCAAUGUUCUACCGCAAGUGGCUCUGUGACAUGUACCGGCUCCUCUGGGAAGAAGACCUUAUGGACCGAUUUUAUGCAAUUCUGUCCACUUCCUUGCCCUCAGCGUCCAACCAAAGUGUGCCUUUGAAAAACCCCCCACUGUCGCGGGCGCAGUUGGCAACACUGCGCCGCGGGGGAUCUAAGCGUUCGCUACGAAAAAGCGGCUCAGUAGGCGGCGCCACAGCACAGGCAACGGGGGGGACGACAAACAAGGAGGCAAACAACCCGUUGCCUGAAAAGGAGAACGAGUUUGCCAUUCUCAACGACACAGUGAGCGAGAAGCGGGAGGAGGAUUCCGAGUGGAUUGCGCCUGGAAAUGUGUACUCCCGGGCUGCACGCACGUUUGCCGACAGCGGCUCUGAGAUGGCCUCGCUCAACUCUACCCUGGGUCCUCUUCCGUCGAAGUUGCUUGCUUUCACUUCAACCCCGGUAGACGUCGGGAUUCAGGGGCUUGGACUUUUUGGUGACCCCAGCGUCCUCAUAGCGGAGUCGUUGCUGGAAGGCAGCGUGGAGGAGGCUCCACCGACGCGUGGUUUUGUCAUGACGCGUCUUAUGGCUGCCCUCCUGCGUGACGGCAGCACCGACAAGCUGCGCCACCUUGCCCUCGCAUCCGAGCGCUCCACGCGCGGCGCCGGAGUUGUGGCGGCAACCCCGCACGACUCCCAUUCCACGACUGCGCGAAAGCCUGUCCCUGCGAUGCGAAACACGCGGCGGUCAACGCGCAAGAAGACUACUUCACCAUAUUCCUCUCCAAUGACGACAAAGUUGCCGCAGACGGCACCUGAAACAAAAAAUGCGGCGCCACAGCAAGUUUCUCUCACGCUGUAUCCCGUCUUGACCAGCGUCGAUGACGUAAAGGCACUUUACCUCUCUGUGCUCGAAGAUGCCGAGGUGGCGCUUUCGCCGCUUGACCCGAUCCGGGCUGCCCUUGUGCAGAACACGGUGGACUUCCUCGCCUCCGGGAUGCGGCUUCCAGGAGCUGCCUAUGAGCUACUGGACGCCUACUUGGACGAUGUGAGCAUUGAACCGAUCCAGCCUCCCGCCACUAGGCGUGUGGCUCUGGACGGCACGCCGGAGACGACGCGGGGCGGCGGUGAGUAUCCGUUGCCCGUGUCGGAUUCACCCUUCUCCGUCACCACGGUGCGGCGGGCGCGGCAGAUGCCUUCGGAUGUCCCCGCCGCGAUUGGGGGAAAGAUGCACACACCACACUCGAGCCACCCCAUCCAAUCAAGGCGCGGGGGUCCAGUGGACAAGGAUGCAGGUGCCGCUGCUUUGAGGUUUCCGUUGGUCCCCAAGGUGAUCCCGUCGUGGAAUACGCAGGAGGAGACGGAGCAGUUUUUGAUGAUUCUAGCGCUGCUGCGUCGCGAGUAUAUUGUGCUUCGCGCGGAGCUGGGUCUUGCGCCACUGCCACCUUGCAAGGAAUCCAAAUAG